AUGACAAUUCUGGGCAACAGCGACGACGACAAGAAAGAGGACACCAUGAUGGAUUUGCAGACCCGAUUGGUGACGGAUGACGCUCUGGCCAAUGCAGCCUAUGUGCAACACGAUGAAGAGGCCCAGCAAUCCAAUGUACUGGUGAUUCAAGUAAUGGACGAAGUGGCACAAAAAGGAGAGAAGCAACCGAAUCAGUUUCGCGAUGCACCGUUUGGAUUCCUCUUUAUCCUCCACUUGUUGCUGGUUUCCUUUUUUGCCUGUGCCUGGGGAUUGCCAGCACUCUUUGCGGCGACUUCUUCCUCCGAAAACGACAAUACACCUUCUACUUCCUUUUCCGGUGUCCUGGGUCUUUGUCUCUUAUCCAGUCUGGCCUGUGUGUUCAUUAUUGCCGGGACUUUAAGCUUUUUGAUCCAUCAUGCCGAUAUUGUCAUUCAAUUCAGUCUGGUACUCAGCACGGUCAUGACAUUUCUCAUGGCCUUGGUGUUUGCUGUCAAGUUGUUCAUUUGGUUUGCCAUCUUUUACUUUGUGUUGGGAGCACUGGGAGCCUGGUACGCUUGCAGCGUAUGGAGCCGCAUUCCCUUUGCCAAGGCCAAUUUGAAGGUAGCCACAACCUCCAUUCGGUCCAAUCUCGGUGUGGUGGGUGUGGGGUUUGGACUGGUGGCCGUCUUUGUCGUUUGGGUGUGUCUCUGGAUGCUAUCCUUUGCGGGAAUUUACAUGCACACUCGAAAAUGUGACAGUACUACAGGAGAAUGUGAUGAUGGAGCCAUGGGACAAAUCACUGGUAUCGUUUAUCUCCUCAGCUUUUACUGGACAGUCCAAGUCAUCAAGAAUAUUCUGGUCGUCACUGUGGCUGGUACGGUUGGCACUUGGUGGUUUGCCCCCGAUGAAGCCAAUGCCUUUUGUUCCGUCGCCAUUACCGAUUCCCUCUCCAGGGCGUCCACUUACAGUUUUGGAUCCAUCUGUCUUGGAAGUCUCCUCAUGGCUAUUAUUCAGGUGCUGAAUCACAUGAUUCACAAUGCCCGACGCAAUCAACGAGACUCGAUGCUUCUCGCCGUGUUGGAGUGUCUGGCCAAUUUGUUGGAACGCAUUGCCGAGUACUUCAACAAAUAUGCUUGUAUCUAUGUUGGUUUGUAUGGAUACGAUUACGUUACUGCCGGAAAGCGUGUUCUGGAAUUGUUCCGAGAGCGUGGAUGGGACACCAUUAUCAAUGAUCAGCUGGUCUACCGAGUACUGACGUUGAUGAGUUUUGUAGUGGGUGGUCUCACGGGAAUUGCAGGCAUGAUCAUAGCGUCAAUGGCCCCGAGCUGGAUGGAAGCCUUUGGAGAUGACAGAUACAGUGCAGCCUUUCUACUUCCGUUCCUGAUUGGAACAGGUGUGGCACAUGUUGUGCUUGGUAUCAUUGCAAGUGCCACGGACACUGUAUUGGUAUGCUUUGCGGAAAGCCCCAACGAAUUCCAAUCUAACUAUCCUCAGCUGAGCCAAGAGAUGCUCACGGCCUGGAGGCAAAUCUAUCCAGAGGAGUUUGGAUUGUAG